CGUUUGACUACAUAGAUAAUAAAAUCAAAGUUGGACGGAAACAUACAUGCUCGGUGGAUAUAUAUGUAUAUAUAUGUAUACAUAUAUACGUGCAUACACAAACGGACACAGGCCAAUAUACCAGGUGCAGGAUAGCGAUAGAGUAUGCAAAAGUGAGGGCGCACGACUCGCGCCCUGGGAGGCGAGGCGAGGCGUUUCUCGCCGUAUUUGUCAUACGACUUGUGUGUAAAAGGUGACCGACACGACCACGCACGGUAUAUCACGCCUAUCCAACGUGCUUCUGUGACGUUCUUCUCUAUGUACGUACGUCGUGUGUACGACGUUCAAUUUGCACGAUCUCGAGCCACCCCGAGACGAGAACGAGCACGUCCUUGACUGGUACUGUUUGACAGCUAGAAAACUAACCCUUGGUUCGAUGCCCUUCUGUGCGAACGAUCUUUUAUAUAACCGGUUUACACGUUUUACAAUAUGCCGAGGACUCGUGCGAGAUCGCGGUCGCGACGCGUUUUUGUGGCACGUGAAUUUUUGGUCGAUUGACAUUCGAAGCAACUAGGUAAUAUCCAUUGCACGCACUCUUCUGACCGACUACUUAUCAGUCUGUUUCGUCAGCUAAACCGGUUAUUUUUUAUUCGAUGCACGGCUUAGAAAAUAAUACUACGUUAAGUUUAUGUUCUCUAUACCAAUUGACUAUAAUUGUACUCAUGCGUCAGAUCGUAGUAUGAGAUGCAUAUUAAUAUUCCUGUUGCAUCUACAGAUUUAUUGACAAACCAAAUUGUUACUCAACUAUACGAGAACACUGUCAUUCGUUUGUACGAAAACAACAAUAUAAAUGUUUACUGUAUGUUAUGAGAGUAUAAAUAACUUGGAGAACUUGUUUAGAAGUGAGCUGGGGAACGUCAACUUAAUUUCACUUACACUGUACUUCUAAUUGUAACCGAAAGUUUUUACAAAUAACACUUUACUACUUUCUAUUUUAUUACUUUUCUCAAUAGGAGGAUAAUAGUGUGUGUUCCAUAAUCAUCUAUACUUCAUUUAUAGUACCGAAGCUCGUCAUAUACAUUUGAGAACAUCGUUGAGUACUAUGAAUGCUUCAGAACACGGGUUUAACCCAGCCUUUAACAUGGCCUCCAUAAAACAAGCUUUUAACGAGGCGGUAGAAAGAGUCUCAACAGUUAGAAUGCCUGCACCAACGCGGUUGAGGGAUCUCAUCAGACAAAUAAGAGCUGCGAGGACCGCGGCGGAAGAGAGAACAGUCGUUAACAAAGAGUGUGCAUUCAUUCGUUCGACAUUCAGGGAAGAAGAUAGUGUAUGGAGAUGUCGAAAUAUUGCAAAACUUUUAUAUAUUCACAUGCUUGGGUAUCCAGCUCAUUUUGGCCAAUUAGAGUGUCUAAAACUUAUCGCAUCCCCAAGGUUUACAGACAAACGAAUCGGUUACUUGGGUGCGAUGUUACUGCUGGACGAGCGACAAGAUGUACAUCUUUUAAUCACAAAUUGUUUAAAAAAUGAUUUAAAUAGCUCUACACAGUUUGUUAUUGGUUUGGCAUUAUGUACUUUGGGUGCAAUUGCAUCACCGGAAAUGGCGAGAGAUUUGGCAUCCGAGGUUGAGAGGCUAAUGAAGUCACCGAACGCGUACAUCCGGAAAAAAGCAGCUCUUUGUGCAUUUAGGAUAAUCAGACGCGUGCCAGAAUUGAUGGAAAUGUUUCUGCCGGCUACUCGGAGUUUGAUCACGGAAAAGAACCACGGCGUACUGAUCACGGGCGUCACGCUCAUCACAGAAAUGUGCGAAAACAGUGUCGAUACGUUGAACCACUUUAAAAAGGAAUGCGGCCAUCGAGAGAUCGUGCCGAAUCUUGUAAGGAUUUUGAAGAAUCUGAUACUAGCAGGGUAUUCUCCGGAGCACGAUGUCUCCGGAGUAUCUGAUCCUUUUCUUCAAGUGAAAAUAUUACGACUGCUUCGAAUCUUGGGACGCAACGAUAUCGAUGCGUCCGAGGCAAUGAACGACAUACUCGCGCAAGUUGCGACCAACACGGAGACAAGUAAAAACGUUGGGAAUACGAUAUUGUACGAAACUGUAUUAUCUAUCAUGGACAUAAAAUCCGAAAGUGGGCUCAGAGUGUUAGCGGUGAACAUAUUAGGCCGAUUUUUAUUAAAUAACGACAAGAAUAUUCGAUACGUUGCGUUGAACACAUUACUGAAGACGGUAUACGUGGACACGAGUGCCGUACAAAGACAUCGUUCAACAAUCUUGGAGUGUCUGAAAGAUCCGGACGUGUCGAUCAGAAGACGAGCGAUGGAGCUGAGUUUCGCUCUCGUGAAUUCGAACAAUAUUAGAAACAUGAUGAAGGAAUUGCUACUAUUUUUGGAACGCGCUGAUCCGGAGUUCAAAGCUCAGUGCAGUAGUAACAUAGUGAUGUCUGCGGAAAGAUUCGCGCCGAACAAACGUUGGCAUCUUGAGACACUGUUCAAAGUUCUCGUCGCUGCUGGUAAUUAUGUGCGAGACGAUGUGGUAGCCUGCACCAUUCAAUUGAUUUCGGAGACACAAGCGCAACAGGGUUAUGCUGUCGGCGCGUUAUGGAGAGCAUUAGAGAAGGACACGUUCGAUAAGCAGCCGUUGGCCCAAGUAGCAACUUGGUGUAUUGGCGAAUAUGGUGAUUUAUUAUUAUACGCGCCACCUUCGGACGAUGUAGACGCUCCUGUCAAUUUAACGGAGGACGAAGUUAUUGACGUUUAUCAAAGGCUACUCUGGAGUCCACAGAAUACAGUUGUUACGAAACAAUAUACGUUAUUGUCUCUCACAAAACUGAGUACGAGAUUCCAAAAGGGUAACGAAAAAAUUCGUCAGAUAAUCGACACGUUCGGUAGCAAUUUGCAUAUAGAACUACAGCAACGAGGUAUCGAGUUUUCGCAGCUGUUCAGAAAAUACGAUCACCUGAGACCCGCGUUGCUCGAAAGAAUGCCUCCUAUGGAAACCGCAAGACCGCAAGCUAAUGGAAUUAUCGGUAUGGCGAACGGUGAACCAGAACCAGAGGAAGAGAAAUCGACAGUCUUAGAAGGAAGUACUCCGCCAUCCGACUCAAGUGCACUUUUAGAUUUGCUUGGAACUACUGACUUAGGAGUGACACCUUCUGUAUCGAAUAAAAAUCCAUCACCCAAUUCGGCAACCGUAGUAAACAAUAACGAUCUGUUGGAUCUACUUGGUAGUUUGGAUCUGAGCGCACCUGCACCUACACUGCCCCAGACACAAAUACCGUCGCAAAUGUUCAGUCCCACUAACACAAAUAACUUCUUAGUCGACGGUUUGCUCGAUUCGUCGUCGAUUCAAAACGAUACACCUACCAUGGUCGUGUUGGACAAAGCAGGACUCAAAAUAACGUUCAGAUUAGAAAAACCACCGAGCAUUAACGAUUUAUUGGUCAUUAGUAUGUCGGCGCAUAAUUCUGGAAACGCCAUGCUGACCGACUUCCUGUUUCAGGCAGCAGUUCCUAAGACAUUCCAGCUACAAAUGUUACCUCCAUCAAGCACGGUCAUUCCUCCUUCUGGACAAGUUACACAAGUGUUGAAAGUUUCAAAUAUCAGCAAAGUACCUCUAAGAAUGAGAUUACGUAUAUCUUACACUGGGCCACUUGGACCAGUUUUGGAACAGACGGAAGUAAAUAAUUUUCCUUCUAUAACAAUACAGUGACAAGAUGUGUUAAGGAAAACGAUUGUACAUAUGCCUGUCUGAAUAAGUAAUUGAGUUUAACAUAGAGACUGAAAUCCAAUUUCAUCUCUUCGCCAGAUAAAAUGGAAGUAUAUUGGUAAAGGGAUAUAUUUGACACAGGAAACACUUAACAGUUAAUUAAUCUGACGAUUCAUCAUCGUACGUGGGCACGGCAUGAAAUUCAAUUUUGUUCUUUCCUCAUUUCUUGUUAAACAGUGCGUCCGCGAAUUUUUCAUCUGCUCACAGGCCAUAUUUUAUAGCUGUAGAAAGUACGAAUGUUUUAUAAUAUAAUUUUUGUAAAUACUUUUCUGUAAACAAUUUUUUAUUCUCCAUGAUCGUACGUAGUUGGAUAGCAAAGUACCUUCAAAAUUUAUAGCUCGAUCGCUUCUAUUAUAUUUAUACCUGACUCGAAACGAUGCUUGUUGAGCAGAUGACCUUAGUAUUAAUUUUGCAGUCUUUCAAAACUACUGAAAUUUAUUACUGAAAUUGUCGAAUUUCGAAGAGCAAAAAGAAAGGAAUGUGACGUUUCUCUUUUACUAUGCUGCAUGUAUCCUGAGGACAUGUAAAUAUUUUCUCUAACUGAAUAAUAGACAGAUAGAACAAUAAUACUACAUGCAACAUCGUUAUUUGAUCUGUUGAAUUUGUAAUCAGCUUCUUAUUUAGCAUAUAAUUUCUCGUAUAGAAUAAAUAAUGCAACAAGAAACCGCAUACGAAAACGAUAUGUAACAAAAAUUAUUAAGAUCACUCGUAAAAAUACUGAUAGAAAAGUGUUUGUCACCGGAAAAAAAGAUUGCUGCCCGAUUAUCAAUGACAAACACUUAAAUCUCGCUGUUACAAUAAUAAUUGAUCUUUUCUACUAUGUUUGUAAGUAAUAAACCGAAGCGAAUGCCUUGUAAAUAAUUAAAUAAUUACAGUGACAUAGAGGUGAUUAAAUUCUUAUUACGAGGAGUGUAAAAUGAGGUCCUUUGUAUUACAUGCUUUCAUGAUACGAUUCUUACGUCAAUGAUUACCAGAGGGACAUUGCUUUCUUUCACAAACAAAAUUUUGUUAGCUAUCCGGAGAGUGGAUCGCAUACCUAAGUUUGCUGUAACCCACAUUCACAUCUGUCAUGGGUGGUGUUUAUACUGUUUUGAAUGCGUUUGGAGUAUAUGAAAUCAUUGGAGGGCUGAAUUCUGAUUGUCCAUUUACUUUUUACAUAGACGUUCGUUUACUAAGUCGCUUUUAAUUAACAACUUUUACUUCUUUCGUAAUAAAAUUCAAUCCGUAUAAAACUGAGGAAAGGAUGUUACUUUCGAAGCACAAUAUUUUUAUCAAUUCAUUUCCAAAACUAAAUAUAUAAAUAAUCAGAAUUCGUUGUUAAUAGAACGUUUUGUUCUCUAACGUAUGAUUUAAAUAUAGAUAAUUGAAUAAAAAUUUCGAUAUAAAAAGUAUUUUUACAUUCCUUUUUAUUAUAGGACUUAUUUAAAUAUUUUUAAACAAAAGGUGUAAUGUAAAAGUGCGAUUGAAUUGAAAACGUUUAAAAUCUCGACUCUUAAAAAGUUGUAUGGAUGAACCCCUUUCAGAAAGUUCAUAUCUUUUUUUAUACGCGUUAUUUCUUCUUUAUACGAAGCAGGUACUUAGUAAAACAAUGUGUAUGUUUGAAACAUGCGAGACAGAGAACAUAUUGUGUUAAAGGAAAGAGUAACGACACAGCGAAAUUACCUGCUGAGUUCACCGAUUUCAAGAUUUUAUGUAAAUCCAGUUAACGGUACAGUUGUACUUAAAUUGUAUUUAAUUUAAUGUAACAGAAUUGUAUGUAGUCUUUUAAGUGCGAUUAAUUCUAGUAUUAUAAAAAGUCUAGUAUUUCGAAUGAUUAAGUUAACGGUUAAUCUUUUAUCAUUAAUUUUCUUCCCGAAUUUUCUUUUAAACCAUAAAUACCGUAACACAUUAGUAAGUAUAUUAUCAGUAUAAGUGUAUGCAUUUUAGCUCCGUCCCUUAUAUGUUGUGCGCUACGAAUGCGGUGUAUAAUUCUAGAACAGGUGGGUGCGUUUCUGAGUGGCCUUGUCCUAAAGUCUGUGACACAGCGUCAGCCCUUCAGUGGGGGUGUACUCUGCCUACUUGUUCUCAAUAUUAUAUUAGUUUUAUAACUAUAAAUAUAUAUAAAUCAACUGUGAGGAUAUUGAAUAACGAUAAAGAUGCUGUAUAUAUACUUUCUAGAGAAUCAAGGUGUGAAAAUAAAAUUGUAUUUUUAUUCCA